AUGUCGGCGCCCGGCGACCUGUGGUUUGCGGUGGAGGCCGUGGACGUGGCCAGUGUAACAAAGUUGGGCAGCGAAUUGAACCUCCACGGCUAUCGGCAUGCUGACUGCAAUGGGGCCACGCCUUUCAUCCUGGCGGUGUCUCAGAUAGGCGACAGACACUGGCGAGGCACCGGGAAACGGUGGGCCAAGCUGGAAGAUCGGGUUGCCGUGCUAGCGGCCCUGCUGGACGAGCUGACGGCCACCGGGAAAGGGCGCCUGCUGUCGCGGCUGGUCAGCACACGGCACCUGGCUGCGUGCACGCGCGACGAACGCACCGUGCUGCACGUGGUGGCAGACACCUGGCAUCCCUUCAAGCCCGAGCUGGAGGGUCUGGCACGCCGCCUCAUCUCCGCAGCCGUGGAGGCGGGGGUCGGCAUAGACGCCAAGGAUGCCGACGGCUGCACCCCGGCCCAUGCCGCCGCCAUCGCAGGCAGCGGCUUCCUGCAGUUGCUGCUAGAGCAGGGGGCAGGCCUCAACACCAAGGACGCCGAUGGCUACACUCCGCUGGACCUGGCGGCCCGGCACGGCCGCACGCACCUGGUCGAGUUCCUUCUGGACCUGGAGGGCUCAGAAAAGUCGGAGCACCUCCUGCGGUUGGCCAUCCAGACGGCGAGUGGCUCCUGCCGCUCGGUGCCCGCCAUCGACAAGAGCGACGGGGCGCUGCAGCGCCGUGGCAAGCUGCUGGGGGCGCUGCUGCAGCACCCCAGCAUCGAUGCGCGGUCGCUGGAUGCCCAGGGCCGCACUUUCCUCUUCUACACCUGCUCCUGGGCCAACUCCUCCAAGGACCUCUUCCCGCUGCUGUGCCACCUGCUGUGGCUGGCGCGCAAGCUGGGCGUGGCGGUGAACCAGCAGGACAAUGAGGGCAACACGGUGCUCCACGAGUUGGUGCGGCAUGCCAAGCCCCACGCCAGCGCUCAGUAUGUUCACAAGUUUGUUGAUGGGGGCGCAGAUGUCAGCAUCCGCAACUUUGCGGGGCAGCUGCCAUCCGAGGUGGAGGAGGAGCGCAGCCACCGCACGGAAGUGGCCGCCGCUCUGGCCGCGUACGAGCGGCACUGCGAGGAUGCGGCAGAGGGUGCGGCGGCGGCAGCAGCAGGUGCGGCACCAGCUGCUGCUGCUGCCUCGCCGCCAUCUUACAAGCGGCAACGGGUGGUCAUCAGCAGCAGCGAUGAUGAGGAGGAGGAGCGGCCGCUGUCGCAGCCGCGCACCGAGGAGCGGGAGCAGCAGAAGCAGCAGUCGCCAAGCCCGUUGCUGCGGUGCAAGGCAGCUGGGGUGCUGGGCAGGGGCGCGGCUGGUCGUUAUCGUGCAGCGCUCAACCACCAGCUCAACCCCGACCAGGCACAGCAGGAUGCCGCCAUUUUCGCUGAGCUGGCAGCAGCCGGCGAGCUGGCAGCCCUGGGCGCCUGUGUGCAGCACGCGGCAGCUGCGGCCGGGUCCUCGGCGGCUGGCGCCACACAGGCACCCUCCAAGCAGCAGGUGCAGCAGCUGCGUACGGUGCUGCGGUUGUGCAGGGAGGCGGGCGGCCUCGACCUGCGCUCGGCUGCCUACUACAGCACUGCCUUUUGCCACAGCCUGGCUCCAGAGCAGAGGGAGGAUGAUCUGGCCAACUUUGCCGACCUGCAUGAGGAGCCUGGCGACGCGGCGGCAUGCGUGCUGGUGGCCGUGGCCAGCAUGCGGUGGCAGCACAGGGAGAAGCGGUAG